UAACCGUAAGUCGCGAAAAUAACCACUGUAUUCUACAUUUGAAAGCAAUUAUUAUUGAUAAUAAAUCUACAAAUUGCUCUGUUUUGUAAUGGUGAGAUCUUUUUUUAAUACAGUUGAAAGGUCAUUUGUGAUGGCAAAGAUGGCGGCCACCAUAGGGGAGCAUGGGGAAGACGCAUUUAGAAAGUUGUUCAAGUUCUACAAACGUAGAAGUCCUGCACCCGAUUUAAGCGAUGUCAUUGACUUUUCAAAAGCUGCGAAACAUGAGAAGGUCUUAACCACUGAACUGAAUCCAGCUGCAGUGAGUGAUGACGAGGCCAGGAGGGCGGGCCUUCGCCCUGUUAAAGACUGGAGGGCGUUUGGGCUGCUAGGUUAUCCGGGGUUUAUGUUCAUCUCCAACCCGUUUAUGCCGGGCUCCCAGCAGCACUGGGUGAAGCAGUGUCUGAAGACAUAUCCACAGAAACCCAAUGUGUGUAACCUGGACAUGCAUAUGGCACCCACGGACACACAAGACAUCUGGGGGAAGAGUGCAGAUGUGCUUCGUAAACCUGCCUCUAGGAUCAGGGAGCCCAAGACACUGCUGGAGAAGCUUCGAUGGGUGACCCUGGGUUACCACUACAACUGGGACACUAAGACAUACUCAGCGGAUCACAACACUCCGUUCCCGUCUGAUCUCCAGUCAUUAUCUGGCCAUGUAGCCGCUGCCUGCCAAUUUCCCGUGUUCAAGGCAGAGGCUGGAAUCCUCAACUACUACCGCUCUGAUUCCUCGCUCGGGAUCCAUGUGGAUGAGUCAGAACUGGACCACACUCAACCCCUGCUUUCAUUCAGUUUUGGUCAAUCGGCCAUCUUCCUACUCGGUGGAACGCGGAGGGAAGACCCGCCCACUGCCAUGUACAUGCACAGCGGUGAUGUCAUGGUAAUGUCAGGACACAGCCGCCUCCUCUAUCAUGCCGUGCCUCGUGUCAUCCCCAGCCCAGAAGGAGAUCCCUUACACCCCUCUCUUGAGGCAGAGGGCCUAGGUUCAGUGUCAGACCAGGGGCUCAUCCAGGAUCCUAUUCAGGGAGAGACCACUCUGAUCCAGUCAGUGACAAAGGAGGACUGGGCCGUGUGCUCCAGGUACAUCCAGACUUCCAGGGUGAACAUGACCAUUAGACAGGUGCUUGGUCCCGGCCAGGCCUUCCCCUCAAAGGACAAACGGACAGAGACUGUUAUGGGAUACACUGAUGGUUACCAUGACAGCCAAGAUGGAGAGAAUGUGGGAUUGAAGAGGAGGAGGAGUAGUGAUGCUAGAAAUCCUGUGAACACCUGACCCUAAUCUUUAUUGUCAUUAAUAUAUCCAGGUUUAGUUUAAGGAAGAGUAAUGUAGUAAAGAUUAUGCUUCAGGAGAGAAUGUACUGUAUGGAAUUCUUUAUGUGUAUUGUCUUGCAAAAGUAUUCAAACCCUGACCAAUUUCAAAUGUUUCAUAUUUAGUAGAACUACUUUUUUCCUGCAAAGACAUCUUCAUGUAUUUUGGUAUGAAUGAACUAGCUUUGCAGACAGUGUCACAGUGAUAUUAGCCCAUUUAUUUUUGCACAUUUGCUCCAGGUUGUUUGGACAACAAUUGUGUUUUUAAUGUUUUUAAAUAGCACCACACAUUCUAAGUUGGAUUGAGAUCAGGGCUUUGACUGGGCCACUGUAGGACAUUUGUGUUUUUGAGCAAUGUUAUAUUUGUCUUAUUCUUGGGAUAAUUGUACUGCUAAUAGGUGAAUGUCCUCCCAAGCUUUAGUUUUUUAGGGGACUGAAGCAGGUUCCCUUAAGUAUUCCUCUCUAUUUUUACUCCAUUCAUUCUUAGUUCAAUUUGAAAAAGAUGCCAGAUCCUAGCUGAUGAGAAGCAUCCCAACAGCAUGAUGCGGCCACCACCAUACUUCACUAUAGGGAUAGUUUCCUGAGAAAUGUGUAGUGGUAGGUUUACAUCAUGCAGUGCUUUGAGCUUUAGCCACAAAUUGGCAACUCUGAAAUCUUACCACAAGUCCAUUUACCACUUCACAUCUGGGUCCGUCCCAUGCUUUUAGAUGGUACAGUUUGGGUAAUUGCUUCCUUCUAGCCACUUUCCAAUACAAAUCAGUUUAAUGCCUAGCUCUUAAUGUAGUUGACCAGAACACUGUUACUCCAAGUAUCUUUCUUUGAGGUACAUCCUUUUCUUGACUGUGCCUGGGUGGUGUGAUGCAGCUUCUGCUUACUGAUUAUGAAUCCAACUGUGUAUAUCUAGUAUAUCCAAACAUUAGAAUAUUAUUUAAUACCCUUUUUCUAAUUCUAUGCAUUUGUGCUUUAUUGUAUCUAAUACCUGUUGCUUGCUCUAUUUAUUUUUCUUCAGAUUUACAGCCUGGCCAAUGAUCCUUCAAAACCUUUUUAUUUUUAUUUUGAGUGUGAAUGUUUGAAAAUAAAAUAUCAAACAGAACAUGAGUUAAAUAUAACAUUUGUAAUUCAGUAUAGUGAGAGAAUUGGUCAAGGUUAUGAAAAUGAAUGCAAGGCACUGUAUGUUGUUACCUCAUGAUAAUCUAAUUUAUUUUGUGAAUAACUGAAAUGGAAAUAAAUAUGUGAUUUUAUUUAGGAAAUGUUCUGAUUUCAUAUUACAUUGAUAAAUAAACAACAUACUAUCUACAGCGGAUAUAAAAGACUAC